CGAUCAUUCCCGCUCCAGUCCAAGCGAGGAUGGAAAACGUGCACGCGAAGGCAACAUGGAGCUGAGCGAGGAAAGCAGAGGAAGCGUCGACAUUGUUGUGUUAAGUUCGCGGUCUUAAACGUCGCGGGAUGUUGGAGACAACGGUAACCCACUUGCAGUAAGAAGGAUUUUUACCCGGCAACCUCUCUUCCUUCUUCACCAAAACGCAGUUUCCAUAAUUUUAUAACUUCUUUGAUGUCAUCAUGGACUGCAGAGAACACAUCUCGGCUCAAGAUGAAAACUUUAAAUCCGGCCGCUUGAAUCUUAGCGGGCUGUACCACGUGGGUCGGACCUUGGGCAGGGGUCACUAUGCGGUGGUCAAACUGGCUCGCCAUGUCAACACGGGGCAGCUGGUUGCUAUUAAGAUGAUUGACAAGACCAAACUUGACGUCAUGGCGACCAGCCAUCUCUUACAGGAAGUCAGAUGUAUGAGGCGGGUUCAGCAUCCCAAUGUGGUUCGCCUAUACGAGGUCAUCGACACACCCACCACCCUAUAUCUGGUCAUGGAGCUGGCCGAGGGGGGCGACCUGUACGAUUACAUUCUUCGCCAUGAGAGAGGCGUUGCUGAAGCCACUGCCAAACGUCACUUUGCCCAGAUUUUGCGCGCUGUGGCAUAUUGCCACGAACUCCACGUGGUGCACCGAGACCUUAAACCGGAGAAUGUGGUCUUUUUUCCCCAGCAGGGGGCAGUGAAACUGACAGACUUUGGUUUCAGUAACUUAUUCCAACCUGGGACGAUGUUGGCCACCAGCUGUGGAUCCCUGGCAUAUUCCGCACCUGAGAUUCUAUUGGGAGAACAGUAUGAUGCACCGGCUGUGGAUAUCUGGUCUCUUGGAGUGAUCUUGUAUAUGUUAGUAUGCGGAGUUCCUCCCUUCCAAGAAACCAACGACAGUGAGACUCUGGUGAUGAUUCUGGAUUGUCGCUACUCCAUCCCUGACCACAUCUCAAGCGACUGCAGAGAUCUCAUCUCCAGGAUGCUUCAGAAGGAUCCAUCACACCGAGCAUCCUUGCAGGAGAUUGAGUCUCAUCAGUGGUUACAAGGGAUGGAUAAUGUUCUGCUCAGCCCGGAAGCUCCUCCUCAUUGGCUAUCGGGGGCCCUCUCGCUCAGCUCCCCACGCUCAAGAGCGGUGGAGUGUGGUGACCUGCUCGCGGCGAAACCUCAGUCUUUACCUGCACCACGGCAACCCAACCUCAGCUACUCUUUGUGCCCGCCUCCUGCUGAGGAACCUCGUGUCACGAAGAAUCUCCCUGCUCUCCUGCAGAUAUGCGAAGAGGAGGAAGAAGAAGAAGAAGAAGAAGAAGAGGAGAGCAUUUUAGCCAAAGAAUGUGAAGGUUUGUUGUCUUUGUCAGUGACGGAGCCACAAAGAGCAGACGACGAAAAGGGCAGAGAAGCCGAAAUGGAAGAACAGCAAGGAGAUCCGUCAGAGAUGUUGGAGAUAAUGGAGGACGAUGGAACGGAGAUGGAGAUAGAACACACACACACCGGAUGUGUGAUAUCAGACCAGCCAGUUGGUCACAUAGACAACCUAGUGAGUCAAGCUCCUGAGAUACCCCCUGAACCCGGUUUAAGGGUGCCGUGCUGUCAGGGGUGGACCGAGUCCACCAGCUCAGGAGAAACGGAACCAAACAACAACUUCAACAAACCACUUAAACAACAAAAAACAACCCGGGGAGGGAAGAAGAACCAAAGGACGGACACGAAUCCGAGAGAGGACUCGGUAACAGACAGAUCUCAGUCCCACAAUGCACCAGGGUGCUGGGACGAGGCGGCUACUAGGAUGGAGCCUGCAGGGAAACGCCACAGCAUCAAACUCCGUGAGCGACUCUUCCAGCUGCCGCUGUGUGAGAAAGCGCUGGCCUUCAACAUACCGACCAACAACAAAGCUAAGAUCCUCCCUCUGGCUCAGUACAACUGUUGCCAUGUGCUCUAAAUAACUUGGGACACACACACACAACACACACACACACACACACGAGCUGUGUGAGCUCCCUGCUGACUGAGCACGGACGCCUUCAGCACGCAAACACCAAGCGUUACAGGACACACGCUUGUGCAGCAAACACCCACGUUAAGCUACAGUUUGCGUCGAGCACAGUCGCUUCAGUGUCGUCCAUCACCACCACCCACUUUGCUGCUUUGUGAGGGAACAAACCACAACAACGACUGAAAGACUGUAGCAAAACCACAACGUUACACUGUACCUGCACUGAAGAAGGGAACAUUGUCCCAAUGAGGUGCCGCCUGUUACACCCACAAACGUUAAUAACUGCCCACAAACGUAAUACAAAUCUGCAGCUUUGAAUGUAAUAAUCCCGCAAAUGUAAUACAUUUCCCACAAUACGUAAUAAAAUUUGCUCACUGCAAAUGUAAUACUGAAUUAAUUAAAUUAAAUUUAAUUAUUACAUUUUGUUUGUGGUGUACAUGUGCGUUUUAGUUACAGUAUAUUAUUGUAUGUGUGAUUUUGUGUGUAUAUGGGGAAGAAAUAACCAAAAGAUAAUAAUAUAAUAAAAUAUAAUAAAAUAAUAAUAAUAGUAAUAAUAAAAAAUGUCAUUAAAACAAUUGCAAUUAUCACAAUUAUGUUAUCUUUUUUAAUUUAAAAUAAAUUAUAAUUUAAUUAUUAAAGAUUCCUUUAAUGUAUUCAAAUGAUACUCUUUGAAUAAUAUUUUUUCCACAAAAAAAGAAAAAAAUAAUUAUCUUGUUAAAAUCCUCAAAAUGACAUCUACACUUUCGCCCUCAUUAAAAAAUAAUAAAUCAAAUUUAAUUUAAUUUAAUUAUUUCAUUUUGUUUGUGGGCGUACAUGUGCGUUUUAGUUACAGUAUAUUAUUGUAUGUGAUUUUGUGUGCAUAUGGGGAAGAAAUAACCUAAAGAUAAUAAUAUAAUAAUAUAAUAUAAUAAAAUAAUAAUAAUAAAAAUAUAAUAAUAAUAAUUUUAUUAAAACAAUUGUAAUUAUCACAAUUAUGUUACCUUUUUUUAAUUUAAAAUAAAUUAUAAUUUAAUAAUUAAAGAUUCCUUUAAAGUAUUCAAAUGAUGCUCUUUGAAUAAUAUUUUUUCCACAAAAAAAGGAAUUAUCUUGUUAAAAUCCUCAAAAUGACAUCUACACCUUCGCCUUCAUUAAAAGACGAAAGAACAAACAACAACAACAAUGACAAAGAUCAUUAUUUUGUGGGAAGUAAUUACAUUUACAGAUUUUCACUGUCCCACAUAUAAUAAUAGUAAUAAUUCUUCAAAAAAUAAUUCAAAAAAAUUAACAAGGAAACAUUAAUUCACUCAUUCAUUUUCUACCGCUUAUUUAAAAAAAAACACAGCAACAAAAUAAAACAAAUCUGCAUAAAUAUAAAAUAAAGUUAUGAGGGAAAAAUAUUUAGUAUCAAAGUUGCAAUUUUUGGUUACAGAAAAAGUUUGAAUAUUUCAAAAAUCAAGUCAAAAUAUUAUAGGCAUAAAGUCCUAAUAAUUACAAGAAGACAAUGUAUAGGAAGAGAGUUCAAACAAUGUAAAAAAAAAAUAAUAGUCAUUGUAAUAGUUAUUACAUUUGCAGGAAAUUCAGUAUUACGUUUACAGUAGUCAAAUUUUAUUACGUUUGUGGGAUUAUUACAUUCAAAGCUGAAGAUUUGUAUUACAUUUGUGGGCAGUUAUUAACGUUUGCGGGUGUAACAAUGCCUACGACGACGAAGGCUUCACUGUCUUAUGUGAUGUAAAACUCCAAAAAGCACUUAUUUCUUCUUCUUCUUCUUCUUUCUUUUGCACAAGCCGCUUCUCUAGUUACAAAGCUCUUAAAAAUAAGCUAAGAGACUGUUACAAUAUGUUCAAUAUCCUAUAUUCCUAUACUAUAAUAUGCCUCAGACUGAGAUGAUUGUAUCAUUCUCCGUCCUCUUCACGUUCCAUCCAGUGACCACCUGCUCUAACGUUUGCUUUAUCUUAAAUGGGAUGCUACAUUUGGUUUACAUGUGCAGACGCGUCACUUACCGUUACGGGAACCAUGUGACUUAGUGCAUGCUGUUACUGUCAUGUAUCACCAUAUACCUCCACGUUGUGUCUUGCAGGGCACUGUUGUUGUCCUCUUGAUGUCACCUUGAUCGCACACAGUACAGUACCUCUGUGGCUGGUAGCGGAAUUAUUAGUUACAUAAUAUAUCGGCAGAGGAGUCACUCCAGGUGGAUUUUUAUUUUCUGUUUUUAUGUAUAGAUUGUCUUUUCUGUAUUCUCACAUCCAUUCAUGUCUUGUACAUACACUUUGUACAGUAUAAGUACUCCAGAACAGCUUACUUUAGUACUGUAGUUUCAUGCCCAAAAUUGGUAUCCGAUCUGGGAUCAUAUUAGAGAAAGGGUGGAAAUCUGAUUAUUGCUCAUACCUAAGCAGCAAUGUAAGCAUAUAAUGAGAUUUAAAGAAGGCUUAUUAUUUCCGUUUAGUUGCAGCCUGCCUCUCCCUGGUGUGUUGUGUCUACUGCUUUGUAAUGAUAGGACCUUGUCGCCCUGGGGCCAUUAACUUAUUUUUCUGUAUUUAUUUAUUAAAAAUCAA